ACUGUCCGCCCGGCCAAUGACAGUCUGCUACGCCAAUGAUAUUAGCUGCGUAGCAACAAGAUACGUCUAUUUACCCUGCGCGUGAACGGUGUGCAGGAGAAAAAUCUCCUUUUAUCUUUUCCCUCAUCGACUAUAAGGCGAAGUCGACUAUGAAGUCGACAGCCAGGGUGGUACACACGGCACACACGGUGAUACUGGCCGUUGUGCUGUCCUUGGUGGCCUUGGCAUCCUGCCGGAGCACUCGCAUGGCGGACCAGGUAUCGGAGGCUGACAUUCAGCGUCUACUGCACGGUGUCAUGGAGCAGCUGGGAAUCGCCCGCCCACGUGUGGAGUACCCCGCUCAUCAAGCCACAAAUAUUGUGGGGCCUCAGAGUAUACAAGGUGGUGCCCACGAGGGUCUACAGCACCUGGGUCCCUAUGGUAACAUUCCCAACAUCGUGGCUGAGCUGACCGGGGACAACGUUCCGAAGGACUUCAGCGAGGACCAGGGAUACCCUGACCCCCCCAACCCCUGUCCUCUUGGAAAGACUGCAGCAGAUGGUUGCUUGGAGAACUCACCAGACACUGCUGAGUUCAGCAGGGAGUUCCAGCAGCACCAGCACCUGUUUGACCCUGAGCAUGACUACCCAGCACUGGCUAAGUGGAAUAAGGAGCUGUUGUAUGAGAAAAUGAAAGGUGGACCAAAAAGAAGCAAAAGGAGCACCAAUCCCUAUCUGAUGGGGCAGAGACUGGAUAAUGUGGUGGCCAAGAAAUCUGUCCCCCAUUUCCCAGAAGAGGAGGAGAACCCCACCAUCAGCAGUAUCAAAAACUGAACCAAACAUCUACUUUCAUCAUGCUGCAUGUUUAUUUUGUGUAUUAUACUAUCAAAGCUUACCAUUUUAAAAUGAAAACACAAGCUUAUCAAUCAAGUGCCAGUAUGUAAUUUUUUUUGUAAAUACAGAGAACAUCCACUACUUUUCUGUACCUUUACUAUAACAAUGACAUCUGCUGUUGGUUAUUCACCUGCCUGACCACUAGAUACCCUUGUGUGUGUAGCUUGAUUAAUACAAUAAAAAGUAUUUGCUCAUGUGCACAA